AUGCCUUUCGUCAGGGAUACAACGGCUCAUAGUGCACAACUCGAAUACGACAUCGAAAACCUCUACCACUCACAAAUUACGCGGCCUAUCAGGAUCAUAUGUGUUGGCAGCGGUAUAUCAGGCAUGUGCCUGGCAUUCACCAUCAUGAAAAGGCUGAAGUCGUAUGAACUCACAAUCUACGAAAAGAACAAAGAUGUUGGCGGGACAUACACCAAUACUGUCGAAGUGAGUUACCUUCUCCUAGCAACAAGAGUUUAUAUCACGAAGCUGAGCACCGUGCAAGAUUUCUAUGAAAGGUAUAAUAUUGACCAGUUCACAAAACUGGAGCACAAAGUCAAACGAGCUGUCUGGGAUGAUGCAACGGGACAGUGGCGAGUUUCUAUCGAGGAUCUCGCUACUGGAAACACCUUCCAGGAUACAGGCGACAUUCUUGUGAAUGCCACAGGGUUUCUGAACAAGUGGACCUGGCCACAUAUUGAAGGUAUCGACAAAUUUCGCAGGCCAAAGGUUCAUUCGGCAGCGUGGGAUGACUCGAUCGACUUCCACAAUAAGACCAUCGGCGUCAUCGGCUCUGGCUCAAGCGCAAUUCAGAUUGUUCCUCAAAUGCAGAAAGGUAGUGUCCUCUCCGAAAGUAAUCAAGAGCUACUGACUGAACGCGCAGCAGUGGCCAAAGACCUGAAAGUUUUCAUGCGUUCGCCAACCUGGAUCACACCCGCCAUCGGCGGCCAAACAUCUUCCCAGUUCCAGGGCGACGACAACCCCGGUCACCAGCAAUUCACCUUUACCGAAGAACAAAAGGAAAGAUUCCGGUCCGAUCCCGAAUACCAUCUACAAUUUAGAAGGAAGAUCGAGGCCGAAGUCAACUGGAUGGCAGAUGUGUUUAAGAUGGGCAGUAAAAUGCAGCAAGACGUGCAAAAGAUGAUGACACAGCAGAUGAAGGCCCGCAUUGGACCUGGCCAUGACGAACUUGGCGCAAAGUUGAUUCCGCAAUGGCCCCCGGGGUGUAGACGUCUUACUCCCGGAGACAGAUACUUAGAGUCGUUAGUGGAGUCGAACGUCGAGCCAGUCUUUGGAGACAUUCUCAGGCUUGAUGAUACGGCAGUCGUGAUGAUGGAUGGCACGAGACACGAGGUUGAUGUCUUGGUGUGUGCGACAGGAUUUGAUGUCUCCUUUGUUACGUCGUUUGAAAUAUUGGGCCGAGACGGACUCAAUAUCAAGGAAGCCUGGAAAGACAUUCCGGACGCUUAUCUUGGCCUUGCGGCCCCGAACUUUCCCAACUACUUCAUUAUUUGUGGACCUCAAGGCCCUCUCGGAAAUGGAUCCAUCUUACCUGCUAUUGAGGUAAUUUGCGACUAUAUCAGUACGGUUGCGCUGAAGAUGCAGGCUGAGAGGAUCAAGUCACUUGAGCCAAAGCGAAUCGCCACAGAUCAGUUCCAAGAACACAUGCACAAGUUCCAUAAGAAGUCUGUUUGGGGCCAACCCUGCAGCGCGCAUUCGAAAGCGCUGGCCGAAAUAUGCCUCCUUCUGAGCUAUUGGGGCCCAUAUAGCUGGGAGCAUGAAGUCAACGAGUACUGGGCCGAUCGUGCGUUAGGGCAUGCCCUCGCAGCCAUCGAGUCUCAAGCCGAAGAAGACGGAUAUACAAAAACGAUGUAUCGACUAGUAAGACAGUGUUGUCUCAUCCGCCGGCGCAUGCUUUCCGUGUAUACAGAAUCCACCUCGUCCAUUCUGUAUAUCCCUGGGCCCUCUGACAGCAUCGGCUUGCCCAAUCUAUCGGAAGCGACUGAGUUUCCGGACUACAUUAGACCAGAGAGCGGCAUCCUGACACGCUCAGCGUUUGUCAUGACCUGUAGGCUUACAGAAAUCAUGGCUCGGAUACUUACCAUGCGUGACCAGAAGCUGGCGCCGUUCAGCUAUGUUACUGUUAUUGACAUCCGAGACGCCAUUCACAAAUGGGACCAUGACUUUGCCAUACUCUUGGAGUCUGCCGAUGCUAUCUUGGAGCCGCAUAUGAGUCUUGUUUUCAACGCGCUCCGUCUGCUUCGGAAUACUCUGGUCAUUCAGUUGUAUCAGCUCGAUUGGCGCCAUAAUUUGUCGUGGGGCUGGCUGGGAAGCGGCCGGGAGCUCGUGGCGAUAUUAGAGACCGAAGAAGCGGCUCGGAACAUCGCAGAUCUCGCUCAAACACUCCUAUGUCAUCUAAAUAAAGAGUCGAUUCUACUGACCAUGUAA